UGUUUAUUGUCAUUCCAAAGUAGAAGACACAUAACCUAUAAAAGUUGAAAUAAAUAUAAAUAAUGAAGUUACCAAUUAUCAAAGCUUUUACGAAAGUAAGAAACCCAUAUUAUGUUACCAUUACUCGAUUUCUAAGCAAGGAAAAUUUAUCUCGAUUAUCAUGUAAUGGUAGAAAUAUUCAAAAAUCAUAUAAUAGAAGUUUCAAAACUAACUUGUUUGAAAAUAAAUAUGAUAAUUCUUAUGAUUCAAAAGAAAAAACUUCUUUUAUCGAAUAUUGUUUAUUGAGCAUACCAAUUUGUGCUUUUAUGCUUGGUACAUGGCAAAUUCAAAGACUUCAAUGGAAAAGAAAUUUAAUAGAUAAAUUGAAAAGCCGUACUAACCAUGAACCUAUUAAAUUACCAGAAAAUUUAGAAGAUUUGAAAUCAAAAGAAUAUUAUCCUAUUAAAGUAAAAGGAACUUUUUUAUAUGACAAGGAGUUUGUGGCAGGAUAUAAAAGUUUAAUAAAAGAUGGUAAACCAGUAGAAACUAAUUUUGCAAUAAAUAAAGGAGGAAGAGGAUAUCAUAUCAUUACACCUUUUAAAUUAGCAGAUCGAGAUUUAACAAUUUUGGUGAAUCGAGGUUGGGUUCCAAAAUCACUUAAACAUUCAUCAAAGAGAGAAGAAAAUCAAAUAAAAGGCGAAACAGAAAUUGUUGGAAUUUUAAGAACAAGUGAACGAAGACCACCUUUUGUUCCUAAAAAUCGGCCACAUAAUAAUAUGUGGUAUUAUAGAGAUGUGGAUGCUAUGGCUAGAAAAGGGAAUGCAUCUCCUGUGUAUAUAGAAAUGAUUGCUAACAAUAAUGUAAAUCAAUAUCCGCUUGGUGGUCAAACAAUAGUGGAAUUACGAAAUGAGCAUUUAAGUUAUAUUCUUACAUGGUAUUGUUUAUCUGUUGUAACUGCAUAUAUGUGGUAUAGGAAAUUUAUAAAACGAAUACCAUUUACAGAAUGAAAACAAGUAUAUACUACACAUAAAUAUGUAAUAGUAUAAAGAAAAUAAUUAUUAGAAAAUAAUAUUAUAUAAAUUAAA